UAAUAUGAUCGUUUCCGCUUAAGAACAUUGUGAAAGCCUAGAUUCAUAAGAAUUACUUAAUAUAAUGAUUGACCAUCAUAUCUACAGAAUUUACUUAAGUUUUAAAUUUCAAGGCAAAAUUUUUUGUGGGAAGUAAUAUCCAAUUAUCAAAAAAAGGAUAAGGUUGAAAAUUAUUUAUUUUUGAGC